AGCAGACUAAAUGUAGCGAUUUCGAAAACAAACAAACCCCAAUAUUAAGAAAGGAAGUAUUCUUCCUCUGCAUUUCCUGUUCUACAUUACUAUUUCCUCUCUUUUAACUUAAAUUAUGUGUAAAAGGUGUCUUAAAGAAGAAUAUCCCAAUAGGGAUAGAAUGUGCUUGGAUUCGGGAGCUUACAUGGCAAAUUUGAAAUGUUGCUGCAAAUGUCAAUCAAACCAAGUGAGUGUGCUAAACAAGACCAUUUCAGAAGAUGAUGGGAUAGAAGUAACAGUUUUUGAACAUGCUUGUGGUACUUGCCAGCAUAUAAUUUCCAUUCACAAUUACAAGUUCUGGGUCGAAGGUGACUACCAAGAAUAUGAAAUGGACUGUCCAUUGUGUGGAACUGCUGAGGAUUCAAUUAGCAUUCUUCCUGAUGAUCCUCGUAAGGCCUCUUUGGAUUUUUUCUAAAUUUUCCAUCAUAAACUUUUUUGUAACACUUUUCUAAGAUACCACUUGAAUACUGAUUAUUAAUAAUACAGUUGUAUUUUAAAAAUUAAUUUUCCUGCUAUCACAAGAUGUGCAAAGUUGUGUUGACAUUCACAAUUAUUUGGUCCUAAAACUUGGUAACUCCUAAUUAGAAACUGUAUCAAACAGAAACAUACAUCCAUUUUCUAUACAUUAUCCAAAAUUGUCAUGGAAAUUGUGAUUAGAUUCAUCUAUAGUUUUUCAAUUACUGGCUAACUGCUGCAAUAUGCUGAAAUUGUCUUUCAAAAGGGCUAGUUUUAACCUAUAACUUCUGGUAAUGUUAAAUUUGUCAUUGUUUCUGGUCACGACCAUCAAGGCGAAGCUUUCAAACCACAAUUAGCGAGGUCCUGCAGAAUUCAAAACCUGCCACCUGAAGUUAAUUGUAACCAAAGAUGUUCAAAUUUGGAAAAACAGUAACGAGAAAAUUGAUUCUCUUAAAAUUAUAUCGUGUAAUGCAUUUGGAGAUAAAACAUCAGACUGCUUUUUACAUAAAUUUAAACAGGAUAUUAUGGAACAUAUUAAUGGAUCUCACUAGCUCCAGGAUGUGAUCAGUUGCCAUCUUGAGAACAAGACUCGUCAGAACAUCCGCGGCUAAUCAAACAAGAUACAGUGGUGCAAGGCUUCUUGGUUGAUCCGUCAUCUUGGCCAUCAUUUUCCAUAUCGCCCUCCAUGGAAUCGCUUUUAGUACCGUUGGAAUCCAAACCGGAGAGCUCUUUGUCUACGCUGUCAUCCUCGAUGGAAUUCUCGGCGGAAUCGGCGGAACGCGGAGAUUUGGUUGCAUUGACAGACUCGGAUGAGUUGCGGAGUGACGAGUUGUGCAGAGUCGAAUUCAAAUCACG